CGCUGGGCCGGGCCGCGCCGCAGUCGCGCUCAGGGCGGGCGAGGCGAGCGGAGCGGCGGCGCCGUCCCGGCUGGCAGCGGCGGGCGAGGCUCAAGCAUGGCGCUGUCCGUGCCGGUCAACGGGCUGAAGGAGGGCGACAAGGAGCCCGUCAUCGAGCUGUUCGUUAAGGCUGGCAGUGAUGGUGAAAGCAUAGGCAACUGCCCUUUUUCUCAGAGGCUGUUCAUGAUUCUUUGGCUGAAGGGAGUGGUGUUCAGCGUCACAACAGUUGACCUGAAGAGAAAACCAGCAGACCUUCAAAAUUUGGCUCCAGGCACUCAUCCCCCCUUCAUAACUUUCAAUGGUGAAGUGAGAACAGAUGUGAAUAAAAUCGAAGAGUUCCUGGAAGAUGUUUUGGCUCCACCCAAGUACCUAAAACUUUCACCAAAGCAUCCCGAAUCAAACACUGCUGGAAUGGAUAUAUUUGCCAAAUUUUCUGCGUUUAUCAAAAAUUCCAGACCAGAAGCUAAUGAAGCCUUAGAACGUGGCCUCUUGAAAACCCUCCAGAAGCUGGAUGAGUACCUGAACUCUCCUCUUCCUGAUGAGAUAGAUGAGAACAGCAUGGAGGAUAUCACAGUUUCUACCCGCAAGUUUUUGGAUGGCAACGAGAUGACAUUAGCAGACUGCAACCUGCUACCCAAGCUACACAUUGUCAAGGUGGUGGCCAAAAAGUACCGCAACUUUGAGAUUCCGAAGGAAAUGGCGGGAAUUUGGAGGUACCUGACGAAUGCUUACAGCAGGGAUGAGUUCACCAAUACCUGUCCUGGAGACAAAGAAAUUGAAAUAGCUUACAGUGAUGUAGCCAAGAGACUCACUAAGUAACCAGCACUUGCAAAAGAGAUGACUUCUUGCAUAUUCCGUAACAACGCUUCUAACAGACUGCUCUUUUCAUAUAAGAUAGCAAUUUUUUUUGCAUGAACUUGCAGUUAUUCAAAGUUAUGGUGGAUAGACCAGGUACAGUAAUUACCUAAAGUUUGCAGACUUAAUUAUAGGCUUGUUUUUCCUUACCUCCUUUCACAGCAAGUUUGAAUAUCAUUAAUGCAGUUAUGUUAAUAUUGCACUGGGGUAACUCUAGAUUCUUCAGUAUGAAGGGUUGUCUUGCCCCUGCUGUUUUUCUUUGCAAACAUUUGGUCCCUGUCUACAAAUUGGUUUAGAACACUGUCUUGCUACAUGGUACAAGGAAUAUUUAUGUAUUUUGGAAUUUACUGCUUUUCCAGAAGAUCUGUUCACCAUUGUCAUACCUGUGACACGUUGAACUGUACCUGCUCGUCUAUCCUAUUUACAUAUAGAAGGGAACUUAUUAUCCAAAAGAGCCAUUUGCAGUAUAUUUGUUAAUGUUUUUAAAACUAUUGCUCUUGGGUUUAAUGUCACAGUAAUGGUUGAGAGUGGACUCAAAUGAAACUUGGAUUUGAAUGACCUCGGACAUCAGGGAAGUUGGAAUCUAGGCUUGAGUGCUGUAGCAGGAAGCUCGCAGUUCAGAGUUAGUGUUCAGUUAGUCUGCAGGAGCUCAGUGAGCUCAUAAAAACCCACUUAAAAAUAUUGGCAGCCUACAUUUGUCUCAAAUUCUGAGUUGCAGCAAACAGGUAAUUGUCAGGAUGCCCUUUACCACCCUGAAAACAGAAGAAUUGGAUGCUUGCCAUCUGUUCACCUUAAAAAUUGCAAGUGGCUUUCUUUUUGGUAGUUAAGAGCCUUUACUUUGUGUAGGUUUUUCUGGUGUUAUUUACUUAUAAAAUCUGUGCUGUUGUAAGUGAAGUACAUUUAAACAUUAGUGCCCUAGUUGGUAAACAGCUACUGUAUGUGGUGAAUAGCAGUGCAAUGAUUCGUGAUACGAGACUGAACAGUGAUCACUGUUAAAGUGGGAGUCUUUCUGGGAACUUUUAAAAUCAAUGUCUUUCCUGAAGGAGCUAAAGUGACCUUUAAAGAUAACAUUUGCCUUAAAUUUUAGUAUGUAUUUUUUCCUGAAAGGAAAUCUAUUAAUUACUCUCAUAAAGAACUGGUGUGUGGGAUCCAGUCCUUUGGAUUUGUCCCGACAGCUUGGCUGUGCACCUAGGCUGCAGCUUUGCAGAGUCGUAAUCAUUGCACUACUAUACAGAAUCUUUCUACAGCAACACUGAGGAAUAGCACUACAAUUUUUUUAAAAGCAAUUUUCAAGUUUUUCUAACCCAGGGAAUAGUUUUCUUGUUCAAAGUGAAUGGUUUUGAUGCACGAAAUAAACUGCUAGGUUAUUUUUAAAAGACCAUCAUAAACAACUCCAAAGAACACUAGACUUAAAUGCCUAUUUUUUUGUAAAGAUACUUUUAUAUUUAACUGAUUUUAGAAGCUGGAAAGUGCUAUUCCUGGUAGGUUGUUCUUGGAAUACCUAACAUCCUGCAAUAACAUGGUAAUGCUCACAUAAACACUUUUAUACACUAAUUUUUUUUUGGUAAGCACUGGCUUUAUGGAAACCAGCCUGACUUUUCUAAGCCUCCUGCUUUUGCUACUUUAUAUACCCAUGAAGCUAGUUUGACAUAGAAGAGGUAGAGUACAAAGUCCAUAUUUGUAUACAUGGCUUGUGGUGCCUUGUCUUGCCUUCCUAGACCUAGAAUUCCAAUAGAAAGGCAGUUAGCAAUCCUGUUCUGUGUCUUUUGAAGACAACCUAGAUACACUUAGACCCUAUUUUGAUUUCAGAGGGGUGUUUAGGCACGGAGGAAAAUUCUGCAGAGCGACCUGGUUAAGAAAAACUUACCUGUAGCCUUUUAAUAAUUAUUGUAUUCCAAUGUCACGUUCUCAUCCUGAAUAAAGUUUCUCAGCCAUAACAACACUCUGUAGGGGUUCAGUCUUUGCUACAACGUGACAUCUAGAAGAAUGACUUUCUUUUGCUAUUAGUUAACAUUUUUAAGGAGUAAAAAAACCCCAGCCCUGCUUGGUUUGGUGCUCUUUGCCAUGGUGGAGUUCACCUUUGAAAAGACAAAAUGCAGGAAGCAACGCGAUUGUGGGCAUAGCUUUGUUGAAUGCUUAACUCUGCUUUAAAACCCAGAUCGGGAUGGCGCUUGGAAGUUGUCUGAGGUUGUGGUGAUCAGGCCUUGCUCCUUUUAAAAGCAAAUCAGCCGUGGCAUGCAGGUUACUGCGUGAUCACACUCGCGUGCAGAACUGCAGCGUACGCUGCCUGCAUAUCAAUGCACACAAAGUACCAGGCUUCUUGUCUCUUACAGGUAAUAUAUUCUCUCUAGAUUUUAGGCAAUCUGCAAACAAUUGUAAUACAUCAUACUCAGCAUUAAGUAUUUUAAUGAUUGUGUCUGAAAGCUUGUAAACAAAGUUAAAGCUCUUGCUGUAGCUAAUGUAUUUCUUAUCUCAGUACAAUGCAGUGUUGAGCCUUUCCCUUCUAGGUGUAAUUCAAAUGAGGACCAGAUUAGCAGUUUUGAAGGCGGUUACCCUGUGAUGGCUGUUAACUGUCCUGUGUGGAAGGAGCUGGUAUCUUUUCGGCUUCCUAUUGCACAGUCGUGUUGUGGCAGAAGCUGUCCAGCCUCUUGCUGGCUUCAGCAGAGGCCGGGAAUCUAAUGGGGAGCGAGCAGCUUUCACCUCUGGAGGUGAUCCCAUCGGCGCAGCGAGCGAGCUGGGGUGGUGUGUGAAAGGCUCCGCGUCUGCUGCGGGCAGAGCACUUUCAUCUGGCCCCAAUCACCAGCGCUACAUUAAUUAAAAAAGCCCUUUCAUAACUAUGUAAAUUCUUGACUUCUGUCAACUUGUUUACAAUCUGAUCUUUAAAUGCAUUUUUAAUUUCAUCAAACAGCAAUUAAUCUACCCCCUGUUUAAAUUUAAAAUGAUGCUUCUAGCCCCUUCUACAAUUUAAAAACAGCAGUUACCCUUUCAAGUAGGCAUUCCAGUUUGCAAGUUGGUUGCAUGUAUUAGCAUGCUGAAUAACUUAACUUUAUUCUCAAGCUGAAAUAUGCUUAAAUUCCCAUUAAAACAGGUGAGUUGUGUAUUUCCCGAACAUAAAGGGAAAACCCAUCAUCUUCACCUUGCUUUUGUGUGGGAGAACAGAUCACAGUAUAUGCAUGAUUUUUCUUUCUUUUUGUUCCUUAACAAAGCUUUCCUUCUUGAAUAGAGUCCUUGUGUGUAAGAGCUGCCCGUUGAACAAGAGGCAUGUGAGCUUCUGAAACAAUUUCACGUGCUGGGAUCUCUGCUGCUCGCGCUGUGCCCGCGCUGGUGUCAGUGUCCCACACGGGCCGUCCUGGCCGUGCAGCUGGCACGCUGCCUUUUCCCAUAAAAUUGGUGUUUUUUCCACAAUGGGCAUGUCUAAACUGAUUGAGAGUUGUGUGCAGUUCCAUGAUAAGGAGAGAGAUGUAAUCAAGUUUUAAUGCUAAAGUAGCAAAUUAGCAUUUCGUAUCAAAGGAACACAGACAUGAAUAAAUUGAAGAUGCUUGAGCCAAACCCACUGAUUCCUAUCUCCAUGAAGAACAAAAAGUGGCUAAGUAUAGUCGACUUUUUUUUACUCUUUGCCACUCAGAGUACUAUCUGAACACAUCCAGUUUGUUCAGAGGAAGGCUUCAUCGCAAGUGAAAAGUGUUUAAUCUGCCUCAACCUGUGCCACCAUUACAUUUUGUUUCUGGAGGGGGUGUGUGGGGUGGGAGAUGAGUGGAGCAGAGUAGGAUCGAGACCCCCGAGACAGGAGCUCAAGAAUUGGAGCGUGGUUUGCAGAAAUACUUGAAGAGUCGAUACAGUUUGUUGUAGUUUGCUUAUGUCUUUCACUCUCUGGAACAUCUUUUACAGAUAUACCAGUAUACUGCUGGCAGCUAUUGUGAAAAAUAAAGUUAUAUUUUCACUACCAA